UCUUUAAUAGCAUGUAUGUUAUUAAAUACCACAGACUCCACCAAUGCCUCCACCACUGCGAGUCCCUACUACCCUCCCUCUGACCCCUGCAACUGGCAGCCAUCCCUCCCACCACUCAGUGUGGAGGACAGUCGGCCACGGGGAUUUGAUCGGGGACUUGAAGCUGAGCGAAUUAUAGGAGCAACAGACUCGAGUGGAGAACUAAUGUUUCUUAUGAAAUGGAGAGGCACUGAUGAAGCAGAUUUGGUGCCUGCAAGGCAGGCCAACAGCAGAUGCCCCCAAGUGGUUAUAAAGUUCUAUGAAGAACGACUAACUUGGCACUCCUCUACAAAUGAUGAAGAAGAAGGCCACAAUGAGGCUGAAUGAAUACAUAGCAGCUUUGUCAAAUGUACUGUGACCUUGUUUUUAUUACUACUUGUAGUACUGAAACUGGAUGUUAGUGAGAAAAUAUUGUAUGUCUUUAAUUUAGUUAAAAAUAAAAGUGUCAAGAGUAAAAAGUUCUCAUUCAUGUGUAUAGUUUCACACCUGUACUACUACUUGGGACAUUAUACAAUUAAUUUUACCAUAUACACAGUGAACACUCUCUUGUUUGAAUUGGGGACAGGAUUCCUUCCAGUUAAGCAGUAUAAUUUUUUUUAUAUACAAACUCGAAGUAUUGUUUAUUUUGAUAUUAAAAUCACUUUGAAAAUAUGCAAAUUUUAUAUAUAAAAUUCAAGCUUUCUACUUAAAGCUUAGUUUUCUUUUUUUUAAAUGAAGUUAGCUUAGUAACAACUGAUAGAGUACAGUGAAAUGGUGAUUUAACAGACUAAUAGGAUAGUAUAGUGUCUGGUAAUGAUUACUUUCAGCCUUUUGGGUAAAUAAUGAAUAAUUUUGGAAAUAAGAUUCCUUUAAAUCUGAAAUUAGCUUUCCCAUCAGACUGUAGCUAUAAUGGACAGUUCUGAAAACGAGUCAAUCUGUUUCUGGAAUUUGUUGGUUAAAUCCAAAAAGCUGGUUCAUUAAAUCGAGGUUUUACUGUAUAAAUCAGAUUACAUUAGUGGCUUUGAUAUGGAGGGUGGGGGGAGUGCAAUUGACAUUUCUCUGCACGAUUCCCUUUGCAAGUCGUUUAUGAUCGUGAUACAUAAGACUAGUAAUAUUAAACAUAACAGUUUUAAUCAGUCCUUUUUUGUAUGUUUUUUUUAGUUGGUUUUAUUAGCAUUUGCCCAAGUUUACACUAAAUUAUUGUAAACUGGAUUGAUAUUUGGGAAGAUGCUCAUAACAUUGUAUCAAUGACACCUGAUUGUAGUUAGAAAAAGCAGUCAUGUUUCUGCCACCUCCACACUGAGUUACAAAGGUUAACACUUCCAUAUUUCUAACCGUUAAUAAUUAUUGUGGAUUUUCUAAUGAAUGCAAAGUUGGGUUAAUGGUAAGAGGUGUAAAAUUGAUUGUACCUGGAUAAAUGACUGUAAUCGUAUCUUUUUGUCCAGUGUAUCCAGCAUUGUGUUCCAUCCUUAUCCACAUAGGUGGGAGUUCACUGUAUAUAUUUUGAUAGCCAGUCUACAUAGCCAUGUGGAAUUUUUAUUUAUAUAUAUUUUAUAUAUUAAUACAAAAGUUUAAUUUAAUUUUUUUUUUGGGGGGGGAGAUGGUAUGUGCUGCUUUACUAUGGCCAUUGAAGACAUGCAUAAUAUAUGGAAUGUAAACCUUACUUUUUAUAAGAUUGCAAAGUGUAGUUUUAUACAUUUUCUUUAUUUUUUCCUGCCUUAUUGAAAAUAAAAGAAAUUAUAUGUA